AUGGAAUCAUAUUUACGUGAAGAUGUAGAAAGUCGUUUACAAAAAAUUAAGCUAAAACCGCCAGACGAAAAGAAGAAAAUAACAAAAGUAAAUGAAAAAAAUAAAAAAGCAGCUAAAUCGUAUGUAAAAUAUAGUAGUAAUAGCGCCUCUUAUGAGAAUAAAAGAGAAGGUGAGCCUCUGUUGAGAUUUAGAAAAGAAAAUCAGAAAAGGAGAGAAGGGAAAGGAAGAUUGGCAAGUAUUAUUCAAUGUAUAUUGCACUUCUCAAUACUAGUCAUAGUCUUGAACGUGUUGUACAGUAGGAGUGCUGAAAAUAAAAGCUCGAGGAAAAAAGUGGGUUUGAUAGGAACAAUGCGCACAUAUAAAUACCCAUUAGUCUUCGUAAGCGCGGAAGUGUCAGCGGAAGAUGGAAGGAGAUAUGAGGAGGAAAGUGAAGAAGAGGAAGUAAAACAGGAGCAUAAAGAAAAAAUAGUGAGGUCAAACGUAGCGCUGGUGGAAAACAUGAAUGUGCCGAAGUCGUACGAAGAAGUGUCACUGUUGGUGCUGGACACGGAAGGACUGACGUACAGAACGGAUCUCUCGAAAAAGUUGAUAUGGGCAACAAGAUUGACAGAAGACCUGCUGAGAGUGAAGAAGCCGAAGAACACAAGACAGCAAACGUGCGCAAUAGAAAACAUAGUGCCAGAUAACAUAGAUAAAAAUAAGACGAUGGGACAUAAGAUAUUCUUGGACAAGGAGCAGAGCAUAAAGGUAGGAAAGGAAAAAAAUAAGGAUUCAAAAAGAGGAGAAGAGGCUAACUACGAAAAGCUUAAGUCGCACCUGAUACCGAGUUACGACGGAUACGUCUACUACGUUGACGACUAUAACACGAAGCUGCUGAAGGUGCACGUGAAGGACAUAGUAAACUACACGCCCUUUUACACGCCGCUGCUGGAAGGAGUGUACCUGGAGGGCUCUAGAAACGCACUGGUGAUAGCACUGGACUAUGAAACGGGAACUUACAUCACGAGACACAACAGAGAACAGGACACAAAAAACAGUUACGUGCUCAACUACUUUGUUAAAGAAAAGAGCAACGAUCAACUGCAUAUCGCAUUAACAAACUGGUCAGUGAAAGCAUACACGGAAAAAGGUCACACACAGAUCUGGGAAUUCGACUGGCUAGAAGUAGGUUCAGUGAUGAACCAAAAUAAAAAUGAGAGCCUGGUAAAGUCAAUGAGAGAUAAAAUAUCAGUGUCAGCAAAUAGACUGUAUUUCAGAGAAGAGGAGAGGGUCGGAGAUGAGAGAGAAGAAAUUAACCACCUGGCAUUCCCGUACCCGAUCUCAGCAGUGUUCGCAAUCUCGAAGACACACAGAGAAGGAAUAUACACUUUGGAGCUUAUAGAAAGGCUGCACAUACCGCCGCCGCCAAGCUUCCUGUACGACUCCUCAGUUAAGUCGGCACUGGUGAGCUCGAGAAAAAUAGCACACAAGUCACUCUACGUGGAAAAUGGAACGAUUAAGAGAAUAGGGAAGCCAGGAAGGCUGAUGCUCUACGACGGAAAUAACAGAAGGAAGCUGGAGACCCUGACGCAGGGACAGGAGAACAUGGGCCUCGGAGUGGACGAAAAGAGGAUCAUCGUUAUAGGCUCCUCAGUAGGGCAGCAGAAGGGACCCCUGGGAGUGAAGGAGAGCACGUACGACUUCCUGCUCAACUGGUGGUGGCUGGUUAUCUUCUGGGUGAUCGCUCUGCUGGGAAUCCCAGUGGGAACAGUGGUGAAGGUGGUGAAGUUCUUCACGAGGCCAAGCGCACGUCUGAGGAGAGCGUUGUCGGCGACGGAGACGCCCUCCUCGAGGAUGGACGUCUACGACUCGAGGACGGAGCUGUACGACUCGACGGAGGAGUCGAGCGAGGAGUACGACACGGAAGAAGGAAGAGACAUAUUCGAGAACAUAGAGGAAGAGUACUCGGACUUCUCAGUCGACGGAAGACUGGAGCUUAACGAUAGUGAGAGAGAGGGAGUUAAGGAGAUAAGAAGAGCAAAGAGCGAAGGAAACUUCGAGUAUGAAGAAGAAGAAUACGCAGAGUCAGUGUGGAUGGAAGAACAGAGCCUGAUCGACGUGGUGACAAACAACCAGUACGACCUAGUGAGGAGAAGCAGUAAUCCUCUCAACAAGUUGGAGCAGCAGCCAGGAGGAAGCAAGAGCCCAAGGUCAGGAGGAAAAAUGACAACGGGAAGCACGAAGGAGCAUACGACAGCAAUGAUAACGAGUACGCCAGCAAGUCCGCAGGACAAAAACGCAACUAACGCGUCCACGGAGAGAGAGGAAGAUAAGAGAGAUGAUAAGAAGGAGCUGAGCGUUAUACCGACGAGCAGCGUACUCUCAAAGUUCCUGGAAAACGGAAGGUUCCUGAGGACAUUCGAGUGCAUCAAAAUGCUGGGAAAGGGAGGAUUCGGCUCAGUGUACAGAGCGCGCCACAAGCUGGAGCCAGGAAACCCAGUCUACGCAAUCAAGUUCGUGCUCCUGAAGCUGAAGGCCUCGGAGGACCUGAGCUCGAGAAGGUACUUCAGAGAAGUGGCGGCGAACAGAGACAUCUACAGCAAGUACGUGGUGCGCUACUACACGUGGUGGUGCGAGGAGCCGCACUUCCUGCCGCUCGCGCAAAUGUCGACGCAGCUGCAGACGGCAGCAAUCGAUAACCUGCGCUGCCUGCUGCAAAACGGCGUAAUUCCGCCGGACCUGAUCAACCCGGAGCGCGAAAAGACGGAGAGCGAGGAGGAGCAGGAGAACGACGAGGAAAACAGAGUCCGCAACCACUACAUCAGAGAGUACAGGAAGCUGAUAUACCAGUACAUCCAGAACCCGGGGCCCGAGGAGCAGAUACCGAGCUUCAGCCAAAUAGCACAAAAGAACAAAAACAACGUAAAGUUUCUGAGUAGUUUGAAUGUGACCAAGGAAAAUAACGAAAAUAACCUGCAAGUGUAUAGUGAAAACAGUAACAUACAAUUCAAGGAUACAAACACAGGAAACAACGAAGAAACGAAGGAGAAAAAAAGAAACAAGUUAGCCGAAAAAAUAGACGAGUUCAAAAAAAAGUUGUCCAUCAUCAACGAAUGUGAUAGCAAGCAUAACGAGAAUAAGCAGUACCAAGUGGUGCUGCUGAUACUGAUGGAAAUGUGCAACGGGCUGACACUAAGGGAAUGGCUCAACAAGCCUGAUAGGAGUAAGGAAAAUAGAAGAGUGGAACUCCUGCUAUUUAAGCAGAUAAUUAAAGGGCUCAGAGAUAUACACAGGAAUUGCUUCAUACACAGAGACCUGAAGCCAGAAAACAUAUUCGUCGACGACAAGAAUAACCUGAAGAUCGGAGACUUGGGUCUGGUGGGAUUCAUACAGGAAAGUCACCCAAAUUCAUAUCAGCCAAUCAACACAGUGAAGCAGCACCUACUAUCAGAUGCCACUCAAGUUAGCGUGAGAGGGCAGGUGAUAGGAACGCCAGGCUACACAGCUCCAGAAGGAGGAGGAAACUGCACGGAAAAGGUGGACAUAUACUCAGCAGCGCUGAUACUGCUCGAGUUGCUGUGCCCCAAGUUCAACACAGUGAUGGAGAGACUGGAGACGCUGGAGAGGUUCAGAAGUAAGCGAGAAGUGCCGCCGUUCAUCAAGGAGAGGUACAACCCGUGGUACGAACUCAUGGUGAAGAUGGGAGACGCAAACCCGGAAAACAGACCGUCAGCAGACCAAGUGUACCGACAACUCAAAGCAAUACUGAGUUCGUCCUAA